AUACCCAAUCUGCCCAGUUCGAUCGGCAACGGGAGCGGAGAGAGAGAGAGGAAAGCUCGAAGAGCCCGAAGGCAGUAGCCCCCACCAUCAGCCGGCCCAGGUUACCAUCUAGCACCGGGAAGAAAUAGCAAGAGAGAGCCGCCGCCGGCAGAAGGCAGAAGCCCCAUUAACCAACCAAGUAGUAACCAUGAGCAGCGAGGCCGAGACGCAACAACAGCAGCAGCAACAGCCGCCACAGCCGCAGCCGCCGGUCGCUGCUGCUGCUGCCGACGCGGAGAGCCCGUCCAGCCCGGCAGCCGCAUCUUCAGCGGGGGAUAAGAAGGUCAUCGGUAAGUCCGCAACAAAAGUCUUGGGUACAGUCAAGUGGUUCAACGUCAGGAAUGGAUAUGGUUUUAUCAAUAGGAAUGAUACAAAAGAAGACGUUUUUGUACACCAGACAGCCAUAAAGAAGAACAACCCAAGAAAAUAUCUUCGCAGUGUUGGAGAUGGAGAGACUGUGGAGUUUGACGUAGUUGAGGGGGAGAAGGGUGCAGAGGCAGCAAAUGUUACCGGCCCAGGAGGUGUUGCAGUCCAGGGAAGUAAGUACGCUGCGGACAGAAACCGCUACAGGCGCUAUCCCAGACGGAGGGGCCCUCCCCGCGGAGGAGACUAUCCAGACAACUACCAGAGUGAUGGAGAGGGUGAGCCUGGCAGCGGCGGACGCGACAAAAGCAACAAAGAGGGGGGAGACAACGCCCCUGAAGGAGACUCGCAGCAACAGCAGCGCAGACCCACUUACCCUGGCAGACGGCGCUACCCGCCAUACUUUGUACGUAGACGCUUCGGCCGCCGGCCCCCGUACACCAACGCACCACGCGGAGAGAUGGCUGAGGGAGGUGAGGGUGACGAAGGCCAGGGAGGUCCAGACCAGGGCAACAAACCCGUGAGGGACAACUACUACAGAGGCUUCCGACCAAGGUUCAGACCAAGGGGUCCACCCCGUCCCAGACCGGUGCGGGACGGCGAGGAGGACAAGGAGAAUCAGGAUGGCGAGGGUGGUCAAAAUCAGCAGCCCCGCCAGCGGCGCUACCGCCGUAACUUCAACUAUCGCCGCAGACGCCAACAGACUGGUGGCAAUGGCAAACCUGGCCCGGAAACCAAGGAGGCCAAAACAGGAGGUGACCCAUCUGCAGAGAAAACGUCCGCUCCCGAGGCCCAGCAGGGUGGGGCUGAGUAGGAAGUAACCUGCCCACCGGCACCUACCAUCUUUUACCAUCGUCCGGUUUUCAUUUUUGUCAACAAGAAGAAACAUCAAACAAGAUCUGAGCAAUAAAAGAUUUGACUUUACGAUCGUCAUAAGCUUGCAACAUGCAUUUGACCAGAUUACCAACGAUUGCCUGCAGAAUCUAUGCAGACUUGUGUUUUUUUUCCCAUUAUUUUUAUGUGACAGCUACAAAACGUUUUGGGGAAACAACAAAUGUUUUUCUAAAUCUGUCCUAAGUUUUUACACCAAAUGGUUUUUAAAGAUAAAAUGGAAUUUGAUAUCUGGUCAGUUUGACAUUUUUAAAUAACUUUUUAUGUAUUCAAACAUUUUAACAAACUGCAAGCUCAAAUAAAAUUCCAGAAACCAGGAAAAAAA